AUCUUGUACCUUCUUUAUGAUUUCACCAGUUCUGAUUUCUUGUGACUCAAGCCAAAACCUCUGUUUUCUUUUUUUGAUGCUUGGCUUUAACGAUGAUAUCACGAGCCCUCUUAGUGCUCAGAUCUUCGAUUUCUGCGAUCCACAACUCUUUCAAGAAACCUUCAACCAAACCUCUGAAGUCACCUCUACGUCAAAUAUUCUCGAGAAAUCCGGAAGCUUCCAUUCCAACACUAACACAACCACAACAACUGAGAACAGUAACAACAACAAGAACACAAAACUUCAAGACGAUGAAGAUGACAACAACAACACGGAUCUGUCCAUAAUCUUUGAUUCACAAGAAGAUUUCGAAAACGACAUAACGGCUUCAAUCGAUUUCUCAUCAUCUUCACUGCAAUAUCCAGUCAUCGAUCAUCUCCUCACGGCAACAAGCCAAGACCAGUUUGAUUUCUCAUCAGGACUCCAACUUAUUCAUCAGCCUCCUAACAUUUCAUACUCUGGAGACCCUCUGUCUCUCUCGGCGGUUUCCUCUCUAGCUCCUCCUCCUUUACAAUCAGGAGUUUUCGAAGAAGAUUGUCUUUCUUCAGUACCAAGCUACAAUCUUGGCUUGAACCCUUCUUGCUCUUUCUUCCGUACGUCCGGUUUACCGGCAUAUAUGAGCACCGGUUUAUUAUCUGCUGAAAGUAAUCUCGGUUAUCUUCCCGGGAAUAUUCAUGUGGGAUCGGAAAUCAAUAAGCCACAUGAUCCAUUGAUGGACUUUCAAGCUGAUAAUGGUGGUUUGUUUUGUCCGGAUUCCAUGAAACGUAUCUUUAAUCCAGAAGAUCUCCAGGCACUAGGUGGCGUCGAGAACCAGAGCAACUUGGUGGCACCUCAGGCUCAUCCAGCAUUAGGACCGGUCGAGAUAAACGGUUUAGAAGAUUCAACUAUGAACAAAGUUGGAAAACUCUCCCCUGAGCAAAGGAAAGAGAAGAUUCGUAGGUACAUGAAGAAGAGGAACGAAAGAAAUUUCAACAAGAAGAUCAAGUAUGCGUGUAGGAAAACAUUGGCAGAUAGUCGACCAAGAGUUAGAGGAAGAUUUGCAAAGAAUGAUGAUUUUGGUGAACCAAAUAGACAGGCUUUUUCAAGCCAUCAUGAUGAUGAAGAUGAAGACGAUAUGGGAGUGAAGGAUGAGGAACAAUUAGUAGAUUCUUCAGACAUUUUUGCACACAUUAGUGGAGCCAAUUCCUUCAAGUGCAACUACCCAAUCCAAUCUUGGAUUUGAGUUCCAAGUGUCACACCACAAAGACUCAUGUUUAUAACAUGAAUCUUCUAGUCUUAUAUAGUUAUACCAAUAGUAUUCCUAUAGAGUUAUAACUUGCAUACUUAGCUUUGUCAUGCCCCCAACAAGUUCUGUCAACAAAAAAAAAUCUAACCU